AUGAAUGAUACUUUUGUUGUCAUACAAAAUAUCGAUCCAUGUGAACUAAAUUUAACCAAGCGGUCUGAUGAAGAAAUCUUAGGAUUGUUAAUUGCGUCUGAUGAAUUACUCCUUGAGGAAUUAUUUAAACAUAUCCAAGAUUACUUGAUUGAAAAGCAGACUAGUUGGGUUCAAGAGAAUUUUGUCAAUAGAGUCGAAUGGAAUCAAGAAAAUUUUAAAGCAUUGAAGAAAACGUUAAAUCAACUCAUUCCACUUAUUCGGUUUGUUGAAAUUUCUCGUGCUGAUUUUUUGAAUAAAGUUCAUCCUUAUGAAGCUAUCAUUCCUCGCCAUAUGUAUAAAGAAAUUGCCGAAUUUCAUCAUAAAGGUAAUUUACCGAAAAUGAUAACUUUGGCGCCUCGUGUAGCAUCGACAAUAAUCAAACCAAAACUUGCGUCUGUAAUAUGUAAUUGGAUCGAUAAAAAAGAUUCAAACGUUCUUUCCUUUAAUAAUGGGUAUAAGUUUAAUCUGAUUUACACAAAAAGUCGGGAUGGUUUAGAUUGUAUGACAUUUAAUAAUAAGUGUAAUCUAAAAGGACCUUUCGUGGUAUUGAUAAAAGUUCAAUCAAAUAGAAUUUAUGGAGGUUAUAACCCAAUUGGUUAUGCAUCAAGGGGACAUUGGUCGGGAGAAGGGAAAUGGUUAACAUCAUCAAAUAGUUUCAUCUUUUCUUUUGAAAAUGAUCAGGACAUGCAAAAUAUGAGAAUUGGCCGAGUAAUUAACACGAUGUAUUCUGUGUAUGAGAAUUACAAUAGAAUAUUCUUUAAUUUUGGGAAUCAUUUAUUUAUUAACAGACAAAUGCUGCAUCUUAAUAACAAUAAAAUUUAUAAUAAUGUAAUCAAUAUUGAUAACUACAAGAAUGUUUGUUUACCUAUCGAAGAAAUUGAAGUCUUUAGUGUAGUUAAAAAAUGCCCCUAA